CCCAGACGGUGCGGGGGGCGGGGCGGAGGGAGCACAACAGACGGAACCAGGAACACUGCGGGGCUCGAACAGGACGAGACGGAACACGCGGAGGCAGCAGGGCAGCCAGCCAGACAGUGUGCCAGCGUGAGGCGCGGGGCGGGUGGCGUGCAGGCGGCGGGGGCGGCGGGCUGAGGGCGCGGCGGCGAGGGCGUCACGAGACCCGCAACCUGUGGCUGGCUGUGUCACCUGUCUUGUGACCUAAUUGACACGCUGACCUGGAUUGCCUGCUUACCCAUGACCCACACCGGUGCCCUGGUGCAGCCCCGUGCGUGACCGACCUCCCCGCCUCGCCUGCUCGGUAUCCAGAGACAAUGUGAAGCAGCACAGGUGUAACGGUGGCGGGAGGGAGAAACGGGAUUAACAUGUCUACAAGCUGUGAUCCUGACCCUCACAGCACUAAGAGACAAGAGCUGCUGUCGGGAACCCUGUCAGCAGUUAAAGGAUGCCAGGUGAGGUUCGGUGGCCGCACAGAGCUGGCCACAGAGUCAGACGAGAGAGUGGCCUUCCUGUGCACCCAGCUGGAGGACACACUCUCUCAUGGCCUCAAACCUCGGCCCCCAAACAGAGGCCUCGCUGCCAUCAAACAAGUGACGGGCAUUGUCACCUCAGGCCUCAGCCUCAACCUUGGGCUCCCUGGCACUGAGAGUGAGACUUCAGUGCUGUGGUGGUACGUGCGGGAGCUGCUCACCCGCCAUGAGUAUGAACGUUUUCUCUUGCUGAAAAAUGUUAGCACUGAUGUCGGGAGAGGUCGAGCAUGGCUGAGGAGUCUGCUCAAUGAACAUUCCCUGGAGAGAUAUAUGCAUAUAGUGGUGUGUGACGAGGUCAUGCUGGAGCAGUGGUACGAGAAGUGGGCCUUUCUCCGGCAGCAGGAGAUGGCUGCCAUGCUGCCCAACCUGGCCGCUGGUUUGGACUCUAUACUAUUUGCUAUUAACAUUGAUAAUGCUGAGCUGAAUGGUGGGUGCCAGAGUGAGGGGGAAGCAAGGCCUGACACUGGAUCCUCGGGGACCCUGGAGCCUGAAGCCCAGGUAGCACCGCCCACGCCUGUGCCGGCCACAGCAGAAAGUUCAGCUGCUGCCAAGAGGAGAGACAUAAGGAAAAAGAAAAAAAAAAUACCUUCACAGCUGAUCUCCUUUGAUGACGACUACUCUAGACCAGACCAGGCCGACGUGCGCUCUCCCCUCUACCACAGCGCACCCACCACAUGCCUCAGCUCCCCAGCCCCCAACACGGCCAGCUCCACACCCUUUGCUGACCGCCUGGAGAAGUAUGCACACCUACAAGAACUUGAACAUGCAAAGAAAGCACUCAAGUCAACAGGAAAAGCUGAAAGUCAGAGCCAAGAGGGUGUAGAAAAAUCAAAGGGGAUGGGAAACGUGAGUGGCACGUCAGUGAAGGAGACCAUGAGUCCCCUGCAGGACUGUGAGGAGUUUGAGAACAGGGGACUCAAUGCAAAGAAGAGCUUUACCUUUGAUGACGACUCCUUGCAUGAACCCAGUUACCAGCAACUCUUUGAGAACAUCUUGCCAAAGCAGAUAGACUUCUUGCCUGAAAGUAACGGGAAUAUCACUAGUGAGAACAACAUGGGACCCAACAAUGCUCCCGUCACAAAGCCUCAGAGGCCAAACAGCAUAUACAACCAGGAAACAGGUUCUUUCAAGUCCAACCAGUCCAAUCUCUCGGCUGACAGCUUCCCCUCAAGUGACGGUGACGCAGGGACGGUGUUCACCCCCGUCGGCAGGAACAAUGCCUGUAGCCUCAUCCCCGUCAGCCCGAGAGGCUUCACCCCCUUCACUGGCUCACGGUCUGACGAUGAAAACUCCAUCCAUAGCUACACACAGGAGGUAGAGGAGGCAGCAGCGGCAGCAGUGUUGGCGGCGAUGGAGAGUCGUGGUGGUGGCAGCGGGGGUGUUAUCAGCCCCACCUCUGUAACCUCCACACUGCCCAGCUCCUCCAGCGGGGACACCACCACCCUCACCCUCGAUGAGCUAAAAUCUGCCGUCCUGGAGAUAAGCCGUGCGAGGGAUGCAGCGGAAGGGCGGCGGGCGGAGGUGGCGGCAGCCCUGGCCCAGGAGAUGGAGAUGUCCUCCAUGCUGCGAGCAGAGAUUGCCCUUCAGCAGAGCCAGCAGCAGGACACUAUGGACAAGCUCAAUGUCAGGCUCAGUGCACUAACCAGGGAAAAUGAACUACUGAAGCACCAGCUCAAGAAGUACGUCGGUGCAGUGCAGUUGUUGCGGCGGCAGGAGAGCCAGGAGGGGGCGGGGGGGCAGGCGCUGAGCAGAACCACCCCAGAAUACCGGGACUACCACCAUGAGGCAACGGCCUACGAGAAAAAACUCAUACAGGUGGCAGAAAUGCAUGGAGAGUUGAUGGAGUUUAAUGAGCGGCUCCACAGACUUCUGCGCCACAGAGAAUCACAGGUCCGAAACCUGCGCCAGCAACUGGUGGACCUGCGAGGACCCUUGCCUGACACCCCUGAGGAGGAAGAGGAGGAAGACUUAGCGAGUCCGAGAAGUCCAGCCGAGAUGGACGCCAACCCCAGCACUCGGACCCUCAUCAACAUCUGGAUACCCACGGCCUUCCUCACUGGAGCCUCAGCAGAUGCUCACCAUGUUUAUCAAAUAUACAUUCGCAUAAAAGAUGAUGAGUGGAACAUAUAUCGGAGAUUUGCUCAGUUUUAUGAGCUUCACAAACACCUCAAGAAGAAGGAUCCAAUUAUAAAGUCCUUUGAGUUUCCCCAGAAGAAAACAUUUGGCUAUAAGGACGAGAGUGUGGUGGAGGAGCGGCGGUUGCGGCUGCAGCAUUACCUGCGGCAGGUGGUGAACCUCCUCCUCACCUCCCACCCUCAGCUCAUGGCCUCCCCGGACAAGGCAACCUUCACGAGUGUGUUGCCUUUCUUCUCAGAGGUACAGCUGACCCAGGAUGGCAGCAGCAGUAGUGGCAGCAGACACAGAUCGUCCAGGAGGGGCGUCCUGUCCCGGCUGUCUGGGGGCCCCCUGGAGCAGGCGGUGCAAGACUCCCCACAGUACAAUGGCCUCUGAGGCAACACUGAUCACCAGGACAGAUCUGAAGACUCAUAUCUAGCCAGCAACAGGUAGUGUGUGUGUGUGUGUGUGUGUGUGUGUGUGUGUGUGUGUGUAUAUAUAUAUAUAUAUAUAUAUAUAUAUAUAUAUAUAUAUAUAUAUAUAUAUAUAUAUAUAUAUAUAUAUAUAUAUAUAUAUAUAUAUAUAUAUAUAUAUAUAAGAGAAUUUUAUACUGUUCAUAUGUUUGGAGUAUUCUACAUAUAUGUAUUUUAUGCAAAUGUUGCCUGUUAGUCUUCUCCAGAUCUCAAGAGCUUUGCUCAUGAUGUGUUUUAUAAGUUUUUAGCAGGCCGUAGCUGAGUGUGAAGGCAAGUCAAUCCUUAACGUCAGUCAUUAUUGUAUUUUCACACUUUUAAGCCACUCUCGUUUGGAAGGCAAGUUUUGAGGAAAGUUAAGGAUGUAAUUAAAUUUCACAGACAAAAUUAAUCUUUUAACAAUACAAAAGUGCUAGACUGUAUUUGCAUUAUCCCUGCUGACUAACUUCAUCCAUCUUGGUGCACCAGAGUGCUAUUCUGGCAGUGUCCUUGGUGCCCGUGUGGGGCAGGUGGUGCAAAAAAGUUCUUGCCUUUCUUAAGCUGUGAAUGGAGUUAAUAAUAAACCAUUUCUUUGAGAUUUACAGAAUUACUUCCUCUUGGUCCUUGUUAGGACAUUUUGAGGAAUAUCCUUUAAUUUGUUGCCCCUUGUGCCAGUAACUUGCCAAACACUACAAAACAUGUUGGAAAACCAUAUUGCAGUCAGAGUAGACUUAAAGUGAGCAGGUUGUUUGUAUAAGUUUUGGAAAACUGUGUUUGGUGAGCUGUACCUGUUUGGCUAAACUCAAAGAAAAGUAAUUACUUUUGGGUGUUGGCAUCAACCAAAAUCUGUAACACUGAUUUGAGUACUUGGGCAUCAUGGAGACUGGUCCACAGUUUGCCCAGUGGGGUGGCUUACAAGUUGGUGAAUAUUGUAGCAAAGUGUGUGUCAUCGCGGUUCUCAAAAGAAUUUUCGAGGUGUGACCUGUCAUUAAUGUUUAGAUUCACUAUUUGUGAUUAAUAUGGAAUGGAAAUGUGUUAGUGAGAUUUCUAUAUUUAUGGAGAAGUUUUAUAUUUUCUACAGCCAAAUCUUUUAUAUUAGCUAUCUUAUACAUCACUCCUGAGUGAUGAAGAGUCCCUCACAGGUCCCUUGCAUGAGUCACAGUUCUCUGGUGAUCGUUUGACGUGUACUCUCUUGAAGUAGUCUCAGUUUACACAGUUUAGUAUAUUUACUGGAGAUUUGCAAGCAUAAUUUAUACAAGCAUUUUAUAUAAAGUGUUGCAAGAUAUAAUUAUAUCUUAUUAUAUUACUUGUUAAAUUUAUUGCCAUACCAUUAUUCUCAUGUGAAUGUGAAACUAUAUACUAUGUUUUAAAUAUGCCAUAUCAAGAUGGAGGCCCAUCUGUUUUGUGCAGGGACCAUUAUACAAAUAGCAUGUUAGAAAUAUAUAUAUAUAUAUAUAUAUAUAUAUAUAUAUAUAUAUAUAUAUAUAUAUAUAUAUAUAUAUAUAUAUAUAUAUAUAUAUAUAUAUAUAUAUAUAUAUAUAUAAAAUUCAUGCUUGGAGUAGUUAAAUAAUUCAAAGUCAAUUACAAUUCCAGUUGCUUUACCAGGGUAAUCAUGAAUUACAUUUUAAUAUUACAUUUACUGAUAGUUUGUAUUGAAUAUCUUCCACUAUUUCAAAUUUAACUAAAGAUGAAAUUACUAUUAGAUGUUGAAACUUCGAAACAUUGAGCAAACAUUUUAAUCUACUGUAAUUCUUACUUGAAGAGUGUGCAAGAUUACCUGUGUUGUGUUAUCAGUAAGUUAGACAUGUGCAGAACAUGUCAAGAUUUUUUGUCAUGGAAGUUCAGUAAGAGAAUCAGCUAAAGAUUCAAGUGACAGGUGGCUCACAAAUAAUUAUAAUCUUAAUGUCACAAUGCUACCUUAAUGUUGUCACUGAGGUUCGCUCUGUCACUGAGAAUUAAUACUUAUUCUACUAGCUUUAUGCUCUGUGGUUAGUACACUUUAAAACUUAAAAGUUAAUCUUAAAAACUCAAUGAUUUACAGUUACUUUUUAAUUUAAAAGCUCAGUUACAAUCACAGCUAUUUUUAUAUUUAAAAAUAAUUGCAGUUACUCAUUUUUUCAUCAAUUACAUUCACAUUCCAUUGUUAUUAUAAUUACUCCAAGCCUGGUAUAUAUAUAUAUAUAUAUAUAUAUAUAUAUAUAUAUAUAUAUAUAUAUAUAUAUAUAUAUAUAUAUAUAUAUAUAUAUAUAUAUAUAUAUAUAUAUAUAUAUAUGAACAAAUUAUAUUUAUCCAUUAUUACUCAGUACUUUUAAAGUAAUUGGUCCCAUACAAACAUUAAAUUAAAAUUGAGUGCAGAGUUCAGGCUUUAAAAUAUGGGAUAUGAGAUGGAGCUUUUUUUUCUAUGAGUGUUUGGCCAAGAGGAAGAAAGGAACUGAGAGGUUGUGAGGCUGAACAAUACAAUGCAGCUGUGUGAGAGGGUGUGCGUGUGAUGCUCUAGCGGCAAAGUGGAGUGACUGUGUGUGAUGCAGCUGCAAGGUUUAACUGUGGUGCAGCCUAAAUAUUAAAAAAAUAAUAGUACAUAUUGUGAUUGGAUUUUGUAGGACAAUCAGUUGAUGUAAAAUUCUUCAGAUUUUGUGUCAAUUUGCUUAAUAGUAAAUUGCCCAUAAAUAUUGCUUGAGCUACCUCAGUUUUUGUUGUUUCUUUUGAGAUUUAGAACUUCCUCUGUAUUGAUGGACAAGAUUAAUACUCAGAGGGUCAGGGUGUGUCAGUCUGGUGUGCUGCUGUGGUGUGGGGAGGUUGUGUGUGUGUGCAUGUGUGCUGGGCAUCCCAGCAUGAGGCAAGGCCAACUGUGCUGCUGCAUAUGAUCAGCUGUUGGCAGACUUCCAUUAUAGUAAAUGUGAUAAGAGUAAAAUAUUGAAAUUA